CAAAUUUUCAGUACCUGGUCAGCUGCUGUAUCUUUGAAGGAUGCUGUCGGAAGGCUACCUUUAUGGAAUCGCCUACCUUUGUGAAGACCUGAACUCUGAGCUCCACAGCAGUCCAGCUGAGGAAGUGGUGUAUGAAAUGAGAUCCAUUAAUUGUUCUUCCAUGGAAGAAGCACAAGGAAGAAGCCUCCUUCAGAGAUGCAGAUCUGCUGGCAAGUGCAUUUCCUCAGUCUGCUCAAGAGGUAGCAAGCACAGCAGAAGGCAGAAGGAUAAUCUACAGCCUACACAGCACCCUGUGCCUGCAGGGCAGCCAUCUCCAGCUAUGCAUGCCUUUGAGGGGCUGACAAGAAAAGACACUUACCUGGUCCCAUCUUCCUGCAAAAGCAUUUGCAAGAACUACAAUGAUUUGCAUAUAGCUGGGGACUAUGUGGUGCCAAUUAGCUCAGUCACAACUGAUUUUACUGGUGACAAUGGCAUAGGUCCCUUCUUGGAGUCCUCAGAGAUUCCUCCCCCCAUGGAGUCUGUGAGGGUCCCCCCCUCCAGUGACACCAGCCGCAAACCAGUCCAAGGCUACUCUUCAUGCUGGCGGCUGACGAGCUUAGUGCCCCACCAGCAGCCCCUCUCCGACUCAGCCCUGAAUGACUACCUUGAACAGAAGCUGGUGGAACUGUAUAAGCAGUACAUCAUGGAUAGCACAGCAAACAGGGCAUCCCCCACUCAGGUCCUAGCCUCGGAGCUUAUCAUGGCUAAUGUAGAUCAAAUCAGCGCGCAGAUAUCAAGGGAGAGAAAGAUGGAGACCACCAAGGCCAAAGACAUUGUCAUUAGCCGCUUCUUACAAAUAGCCAGUGAAAAAAUAUCCUCAGAAAUUAGCACACCUAGUCUGCAUAUUUCCCAAUACAGCCACACUAAUGCAUAG